ACGCAAAUACACACACGCGCGCGCGCGAGCUGCCUCUCAUCAGCACACACACACCCCGGAGCAGCGGCAGCGGCGGCGGUAGAGGAGGAGCAGCCGGCGGAAUGUGGUGAUGUGGGGAUGCUGCUGGACUGUGUGCUGAUCAGCUGAGGAGGGCGGCCAUGGAGCAGAGAGUGCCGCGCUUGGUAUUUGAGGUGACAUCUGCCCCCCUCUGAGAGGCUGAUAAUAAAUGACUUCAAUGGAACAUGUGGAGGAGUCUCAGGAGGACAGUGUGGAGCCCUGCGACAAUUUCUCGCUCUGUCUGCACAAAGUGGGAAUAGCUGGGUUUUUAUCUAAAGCCAUCCAUUUCUGACAAUUAAUGUCAAGCAGCACACAGAUGCAGCCUUGUGCUGCUUUGCCUAAAGCACCGUCGCUAAUGGCUGGAAUGCCGAUUGAGUUUUACCUACUUAAACACGCAUAAAUGCUUCAGAAUGCCUUCAAAAGUGUCAUGCCUUUACGUGUUGACAGUUGUUUGCUGGGCAAGCGCCCUCUGGUAUCUAAGCAUAUCCAGACCCACGACGUCGUUCGUGGGGCAGCUGACCGCUCCGGCUCGGAAGGCUGUAAAAGCCCCGAAAACCAACACCACCACAUUUAGCAACAUCAGAACGCGGCCGCUAAACCCGCACGGAUUCGAUUUCAUCAUCAACGAGCCCAAGAAAUGUGAGACCAACGUGCCAUUCCUGGUGAUACUCAUCAGCACAACUCACAAGGAGUUUGACGCUCGUCAGGCGAUUCGAGAGACAUGGGGCGACGAGAGCACGUUCAGCGACCUCCGCAUCAUCACGCUCUUCCUCCUCGGCCGCAGCACCGACAGCGUCCUCAACCAGAUGGUGGAGCAGGAGAGUCAGAUCUUCCACGACAUCGUAGUAGAGGACUUUGUGGACUCCUACCACAACCUGACCCUCAAGACCCUGAUGGGAAUGCGUUGGGUGGCCACCUUCUGCAACCAGGCGAAGUACGUAAUGAAGACGGACAGCGACAUCUUCGUAAACAUGGACAACCUGGUCUACAAGUUGCUAAAACCAGCCACCAAGCCCAGGAGGAGGUACUUCACAGGCUACGUCAUCAACGGCUCACCUAUUCGAGACAUGCGCAGUAAGUGGUACAUGCCCAGAGACCUGUACCCAGAGAGCAAGUACCCGCCGUUCUGCUCCGGCACAGGCUACGUGUUCUCGGCGGACGUGGCCGAGCUGAUCUAUAAGACUUCCCUCCACACCCGCCUGCUCCACCUGGAGGACGUGUAUGUAGGAGUUUGCCUGAGGAAGCUUGGCAUUCACCCGUAUCAGAACAGUGGCUUCAAUCAUUGGAAAAUGGCUUACAGCCUCUGUAGAUACCGCAGAGUCAUCACCGUGCACCAGAUCUCCCCCGAGGAGAUGCAUCGGAUCUGGAACGACAUGUCCAGCAAGAAACAUCUCAAGUGUUAGUAAUGCUCAAAAACUACUGUGUAUCUGUGCCCAUUUUUUAUAUAUAUACACGCAGGACAAAAAGGACACCACAUGCAGCAGAGUAACACGGAGAGCACAUGCCGUCUCUUCCCCAAGCCCUGAAGCAGCCUGUGACAUUUACUCAACUCUAAAUGCUCAUGGUUUUAUUAGACCCCUCGAGCAUUUUGCUUGGAGUGGAGAAUAUCCUACUGCUGGCAUGCAAAUGCGAGGUGCACUGAAAAAAUAAAUAAUACUGCGAGAGUGAGUGUUUUUGCCAUGCCAAUCUAAUUGCAUCAAGGUAAGAUGCACCAUGCUGUUUUAAAACACCUUAAAUGCUAAUUCAUGCAUAAACAGUUUUUUUUUAUACUGUAGUAAUUUGGCUCAGCUGCUCAGAAAAGGUGCUCUCUGAGUUGGAUAAGACCAAACAUGAAUGUCCUUGAAAUGUCUUUUUUUUUUUUUUUUUUUCUUCAUUGCACAUGGCUCUGUUGGAUGUAAUUAUUUUAGAAGUGUUGAUGGUGAUCAGCACUCAAGAUGAAAACAGUGUUAAUAACGAUAUUGUUAAAAAUAUUCCAACAGAAACAGAACGGUACUUGUUACAGAUUUUUGUUUCAUGUGAAAGCGCCCGAGUUCUAUUUCUUUACAUCUCGAUGUGUAAACAAAAAGCUUCUUCUUUUCUGUAAACAAACAAACAAAAAAACAAACAAAAAAAACGGACAAAGAUGUAUAACUCAUUAUUUAUAAUAACUACGACAAAUUAUUUUCUUACUCAGUUUCUGUAACUGAUGGUUAACGACUCAUGUCUUUUCCUUCAGAUCUCGCUGGCUCAUGUUUGUAUUACUACUGCAUAUGCAUAUUCUAUAUUUACUUACCACAUAGUACAGAGUAUCAUAUAGUGAGUAUUGGCUGUAUUUGGUAAAACUGGUAAACUGGUAAACAGCACUGUAAAUGCACUCUAUGAAAGAAUGAAUGUUCCAUCAUGUAGUAUAUAUAUAUAAAUAUAUGUUACAUAUCAAUAUAUACGCACUUCAGCAAAGGCGACAGGACUGGACAGUGGAAACAUUCUAUUUUCUAGAACUUGUGGAGGCCAAAAUUUAAUUUUCAUGUGUUUAUUUUUUUAUUCACUCAUACUAUGAAGCAAUGUGUGGCAUUUAACUGUGAAAAGCAUAGAUAAAGAGGGGGGGGGAGCUGCCCCUCUGGGAAGUUGUUGUAUUGUUGUAUUAUACUGUGGAUUUUUUUAAAACAUAAAAGUACUCAAGCAUAAUGCAGUUUCUUUGAAGUGUUUAUCUUUUUAAUUAUGUUUUCAUUCAUUUACAUUUAGGACCUAAGGACCUGCUGGGUUUAACACGCCCUCGGAUUGUGUGGAAAUGUGCUUUCUUUUUAACUGUAUUAAUGCUCUCUUCAUGGGCUUUUUUUUAUUGAGAAUGAACUCUUCUUUUGCUCCCUGCUGUUUGUCAUUUGCAGGCAUAUUGUUUUUUAUUGCCUUUAGCUGAACACAUUUUCUGUACUGUACUCCUGUUAACUUAAAAACAUACAGUUGUACAAAAGUUCCAGCACACUUGUUCAAAUGAGACAUCUUGUAGGUUUUUAUCAUAGACUGUAUAUAGCUGGACAGAGCAUCGUCUCUCAAAAGUGAAGCCACCACAGGUCGGGCGCCCCCUGCUGUUCGGCUGCAGAAAGCUGUGUAACUCCACCCAUCCCCAUAGGUUUCAAUGGCAAAACAGACAACUUUUAAUCACGUUUUUUUCUAAUAUACUGUAAUUCUACCUCCAUUAUUUAAAUGCAGCAGCUAGUGUAACCUCUGCUUAUAUUGUCAAAUUUUUAUAUUCUCACAGAGUUCGUUUUUUAAAACGUUAUUCAGCUCUAUUCAAAACAGGUGUGGUUAUGGUAAAAGGGCUGCUUAUGGGCGGGACCAAUAACAGACCGUCAGCUCCGCUCCGCCCCGCUCUGCAGUCUGUGACUGCGAGGCAGCCCUCAGGGGCGGAGUUAUUUAAAUGAGUAGGAGCUCUCCACAGCCUUUCUCCCUCCUCUGGUCUCUACUGCGCAGACUCUGGUCUCUGAAUCGCCAAAAUGGCAGAAGAUUUUGGCUUCAUUUUCAUUGAAUGAAUGGGAACGGCGACACGGCGUCCAUCUUUAUAUACAGUCUAUGGUUUUUAUAAUGAAAAACUGCUGGAUAGGACCAAGACAUCUGCAAUAUGAUGAUGCGCUCAGAAAACUUUGGGCUGGACUUCAGGUGGGCUUCUGGUUGUGAAUAGAAGAAGGGAGAAGGGAGGGGUGGA